AUGGCUCGAUCAGGUGGCCGAUCUUCUGCACGACCAGCAUCUAGACCUUCUGCACCUGCUGGAGGAUCUCAUCAACAAAGUCGACAAUCAUCUACUGCCGCCUAUCCUACUCAAACGUAUCCCCAACAACAUGCCGGUGCCGGUGUUCAACAAGGUAAACCACCUGGAUUGAUGGCACAAGCUGCUUCUACCAUGGGAGGAGCAGUAGCAGGUUCAGUCGUAGGACACGGUAUCUCAAAUAUGUUAUUUGGAAGCUCAAGACCUGCAGAACAAGCCGCACCCGCACCAGCUCAAGAUGCUAUGGCAAACCAACAGCAAUUUGGUGCUACUUGUGAUAUCCAAGCUAAGGACUUCACAAAAUGUCUCGAAGCUACCAACGGAGAUAUGCAAUCCUGUUCAUACUACCUCGAAGCGUUGAAGGCAUGUCAAGCCGCCGCUCGACCUUACUAA